AUGCAGUGCUCUUUCCGCUUUCCUGACAAUUGCUACGAAAAGGUGCCGGGGACGAUGGGCUCGUGGCGGGUACUCCGACCUCAAAACCCGCUCUCCACUUUCAAAACCGCGAGCGCCGCAGUAUGGGCAAUCGGCGUCAUUGGUGUGCUCCCAUUUGCAAACACAAUCACGAAUGCAUGGUUCUUGGGGACGCUCUACUUGCCGCGGGUGCUCGACUGCAUCAACUUUGUGGAGGAGAGCCCGGGCGCGGACCCGUCAGAGUUUCCAACCAUAAGCGGGGACCUCUUACAGGCGCUGUCAUGGAUUUGUGUGCUACUGGGCCUGAUGGACAUCGGGGACCUUUUGGUGCGCCUGGGGAUGUAUCUGAGACAGGAGGGCGUAAAGCCUUGGCGGGUUAAGCUCCUGGUUUGGACGACGAUCAAGUGGCUGAUGAUUGAGGACGAGCUGAGCACGCACAUAGAGGGCUACACGCACGCGCGCUUUCGCGAGUUCUUCUUCUCCUCGGGGGCAGACACGAUCGAGGUGUUUGUGACGGCCAGCUUCCUCUUCUGGACCGGCAGCGGUUACCCGCUGGCGACGUUCUCGUUGUUCCUUUCCCUCGCGUCAGUCUACCUCACAUGGAGUUUUGAAAUUGCGUGGCACUUGUGGUUUCUGGGCCGUCGAUACUCGCCCUUUUGGCCGCAUCCGACGGUCCCGAGCGGCUCUCCCGAGAACUCCCAUACAGAGUUGCUCGAACACCGACCCGCGAAACGGAAAAAAGGGUGGACUUGGAGGCCGUGGAAACGGAUUCCGCCGGAAGCCAAGCGGAUUGCGGACGGAAGGGGCCCAGACGUGGCGCCAGCUGGCAGUGGAGCGGAAGAAACGGAUCUGCAGAUGGUUGCGGUCAAUCUGGGGGAGCCGGGAACCGUUGAGCUUUCUGAGGGGGUCGGCGAAAGUUUGCCGGCAGGGGAGGAAAGAAGUCGAAGAGCGUCGCUAGCAACGGUCGAAGUGGAUGGCGUGGUUACUGAGAUUGUAAACUACUUGUCGGCGCCGUCUAGUGAGCCGGUUAGCGGUCGGGUUGGUCGGUGGUUAAGGGAUGGCAAUGGGGAGGAGUCGGAGUCGAAGAGGAGGAAUGGAAACGUAAGUGGCGAGCCCCAAGAGACGGGGGUUCAGGGAGCAAACCGGGGGUCAAGAAGCGGGCUAAGUCGGUUGGAAGAAGAGGGUUUGGAACGAGGUUACUCGUCGGAAGUGCCAGCACCGAAGGACGAAUCUAUUGCGCUGGGGCACUUUGAAGGCGAGAUCCGAAAUCGUCGGACGAGAUCACUCGAAAACGUGGACGUCGAGGCGGGGAUCAUCCGGACGCUCUCGUUAGCGUCCGAAACCCGGCCCGCUAGCGCCGGGUUAGCUGAUAACCGCAGUGGGUCACGUAGACAGUCAAUAAACGGGCUGGAUAGGGAUCAACUGACCGAGAUCAACUCUCUAGUGAGUGAAACGCGAGAUCCGGAAUCGGACAUGGCUCGCACGGAGUCAGGGGUAAGUUCGGGAGCAAACGUAAGGAGCGCAAGCCCCCCCCGGCGAAGGAAGGAGAUCGGGCGCGGGGAGAGGCGGCUGUUUCGCAUCUUCCGCGGAUUGCUUCUGCUGGGAAUGAUCGUUGCCAUGGUCGUGAGCUUAUGGCUGGCGGACUUCGGCCCGGGCCUCUUCUACGGCGUGGGCAUCACGUACCUGACGCAGAUCAGCACUCGGGUGGAGAUUCGGUGCGAGCCGUUCGAUGCCCCGGGCACUUUUGUGGAUUACGUGGUUCCGUUCAACGGAAGCAGGACGCUUGACCUGAACGGAGUCUUCUUCUAUUACACGGCUGCGUCAAAUGCCUACAUCUUCGACUCCUCUGACGCCGAACUGACGUCCAUUUCGGACCAUGACUUCGUCUUUGGCGCGCUCUCGGACCGCUUUAUUGCGUACAACCAGAGUGGUGACGUCCGCAACCCAGGCUCGGGUGCUGUCAAGGUCCGUUUUGCAACGGUGCUGCGCCGGGGUUGCUAUGCUCGUGACGACAUCGGACACGUGGGCACGGAAUCUGUCCGGAAACUCCACCGUGCUCCAGGGCAAGAAGAAAGUGCCCCUGGUCGUGCCCAUAUACGACCGGAUUGGUUUCAAAUAUAACGUCAAAGCCUGGCAAACACUGCCCGUUCAGUUCGGUAAUUUUAGCGUUCCGGUAUUCUGUCGGAGCCCGUAUGAUAGCACGACUGUCUCGCCUUUAGGGAGGCUGGUAGCCAUAAAUGCGUCAAUUACCAUGGCGGGAGUGUCAUGUUACAACCCGGGGAAUGCCACGUUUAGGUACUCGGUUCCGGGUCGGGGUCAAAACAUAGGGAAGACUCCACGGUCAGGCAAGACAAGCCCGUUUUACUAGGACCGUGUUGGGUUUGUUGGGUAGGCAUUUGAAGUGUUGGAAUUGACCCUAGACCACCUUCGGAAAGUGUCCGUCGGGUUAUCUUUUCGUUGGAGAUUACCGUUGCUCACUUAGACCUGCUGUUGGGCCCCAAUCAAGGCUUAGAACUCAGAAGCAAACGUUCAAUCAAGUAGAAAUAGUCACAGAAAGUGUCAACUCAAUAUUGCACUGCGCGCAUAGUCAAGCGAACAGAGUCAAUCAGUAUGUACUUUGGAAUGUCCCACUGGACCUCAGCCAGGAGUGCUCACUUACAACAUGGUUGGUUUCAUAACACCUGCUAUAAGCUAGGAAUCCGCUAAUCGAUCAGGACAUUGAAUCAUUUUGAACGAAACUUGAAAGUGAACUUGGACUGCCCCUCAAUCAUGCAGAUGGACUUGGAAUUGUAUUCUAACCCUAAAAUCAACC